AUGCCCCCUUCACCUACAACAAGAAUUUCACCCCGUAGGGAUCUUAGGGCCGAGAAUCACAAGAGACGGCAUAGUAUCGAGAGUGGUAUUUCCCAUCAAGACAAGGAAGAUGAUCUUGCUCUGUUCAAUGAGGCUCAGGACAAAGAGAAAGAAAGUUUCUUGUUGGAUUCAAACGACAAUUUUGACGACAUCUUCUCGACAAAAUUAAGAUACUUCUCAGAUCAUAAGCUUGGAAUCACUGUCCCUAGUCGAGGAGAGAGUAGUAGCCUGCUCAAUGAAGAGAAGGAUAAAAAUGACUAUGAGUGGCUGAUAACUCCCCCAGAAACUCCUCUUUUCCGUUCUUUGGAUGACGAGGCACCACAAGUUAAUCUUGCACGUACAGCGAGGCCCAGAAGUCAGUCUAUUUCAAUCUCGCCAUCCCCCACGAUGGAGAGAGGUCAAAGGAGUAGUCGAGCCAGUGCAAGCCCACAUCGCCGUAGUCCAUCCCCAAGGCCGGGCAAACCUUUAUCCGUCACUCGCUCGAGCCCGCCUACUGCUACGGCCCACUUUUCUCCUUCGAGGGGUCGUUCGCCUUCACCCAGGUCCAGUACACCGACACCACGGAGGAUAAUAUCCAGUUCCAGUACAACCACUACCCCAUCAAGGGCGAGAGGUACCUCGCCCGUUAAAACGAGUCGGGGAAAUUCAGCUUCGCCGAAAAUAAAAGCAUGGCAGUCGAGCAUUCCGGGAUUUUCCUCCGAGGUUCCCCCGAACCUCCGGACUUCGCUCGCCGAUCGGCCAGCCUCGUAUGUGAGGGGUUCAUCACCAGCUUCUGGGAAUGGAAGGAAGUCGAGGUCGCCAGGUGCUUCUAGAAGCAUCGGUUCAUCCAGAGGAUCUGUUGUAUCUUCUGGCGAUGAUGAUCAGGACUCGCUGCAUUCGGUCCCUGUGGUCAGCAAGGAUGUUGGCUUUUCGAGGAAGCAGACGAGGGGUUUGUCGAGCUCGGCACCAAAAAGAUCGUUAGAUUUGGGGCGGCAAAUGGAUCGAAAGAGUCCUACGAAUAUGUUUAGACCUCUGCUUUCAAGUAUCCCUAGUUCAACAUUCCAUGCAGGACAUGCAAGUUCACCACAUUAUUCUGCGGCAUCGAAAUAUUCUUCAAUUACAGAUACCAAUCUAUCAACAACAAGUGGAUCCCACGGCAUUAAAAGAAGCGAGCCAAAUUGUGAGGACAUGACUGGCGGCAAGUGCAACCCUUUUAAGAACCCCGAUUCAUAUGCUGACGAAGACAUAUUUGUCAUGGAUCGGGCCAACGAUUUAAAUGACGAGAUUGAUAACAAGAUCUCGCGGGACCCACUCGUUAGCCGGCAUGGUGGUGAAAGUGAUUUCUCGGAUGUUACUGUUGUGGACACAGCUGUUACAUUGAUGGAUGUGAAAAGAGAUUUUUCGUGCUCUAUAUGCGGCCUGAUAUUUAUUGCAUCUGAAGUAAUAAUAAUCGAGGGGGACCCACCAAUCUGUCACGACUGCAAAAGUUUGGAAGUGACUUCAACGACCGUAAAUCUGGUUGAAAUUUCGGACCCGCCGGCAGUGAAAAGUCACGUUGAGAAAGUUUCCAGCGAGAGUCAACAUCCAAAAAUCGAGUCAACCCAAAAUCUUUCGACACAGCCGGCUGAAGACAAUGAACUUGCUUUUUCCUCUCGACUAGCGAUUAAGCAGCAAUUGCAACACGACGGUUUUGGACUGAAUUCAGAGACUAAUGCUCCAAAAAUGGCUGGUAAUCCUUUUACUGUUCGGAGCAGGAGUUUUACGGCAAGCAACACCACCAGCUUUGACGAUUUUUCUUGUGCGAGGGACAGUUCAAACAGCAAGAAAAGCACAAUUAGUGCAUCUUUAUCGUCUUCUUUUGAUCUCGGCGGGUUUUCCAGGCAAACCGAGGGCCGGCAUUAUCGGCAGUCGAGCGGCACGAAAUCUGACGUGGAAAAUUAUAGAUACGAAAUGCCUACUGUGCACAUACGCACAGACUCGUCUGUGUCUGGUGCAUCGGUCCACAUGCUGACUCAUUUCCCGAGUGAAGACGGUUUUGAGGAAUUCGAGGAAAAAACGCGUUCGGAUGUUCAGGAACAAGAAACAGAAAGUACACGAGCUAAUACUGAAAAAGAUAAUGUGGAUAAAGAAAACUUAACGAGCGAAUCUUGUGUUCCAGUGAUUGUUGAUGUUUUGCCUGCACAAUCGCAGGGUUCCGUUAAUGAAGAAGAUGUAGACCCACUUAGCUCGUUUGAUGGAGUAUCUGAAAUUGUAAAUGCAAAUAUCGAUGUUGUAUCUGAUGGUGACUCCACCUAUCCAAAGAGAAGCGUGAAUGAAAUGCAGGAUGAUGAUGAGGACGUUACGGAAUCUAUCGAAGGAUUUGACGUCUUUGUAUCUGAUGGUGACUCCACCUAUCCAAAGAGAAGCGUGAAUGAAAUACAGGAUGAUGAUGAGAAUGUUACGGAAUCUAUCGAAGGAUUUGACAUCUCGAGAUCUAGGCAUCAUCAUGUUCGCGAUGAAUCGAGGAUUUCGUUAGAAGACACAGGUGAGACAAAACAGACGAACCUGAUGACUCUUGAAGAAGCCACAGACACUAUCCUUUUCUGCAGCUCCAUUGUCCACGACCUAGCAUAUGAAGCUGCAAAUAUAGCAAUAAAUAAAGAAACCCCACCAAUGGAAGUCCUUCGACCAACAAUGCCAUUUCCAGGCGGGCUCGAGUCCAGAAAAAGGGACAAUAUGCGUUUGAGGACUGUGAGAAAACGUAGCUCAAGAGCCCAGAAAACCCGACAAAAAAAGCCAGAAAUGGAUGCAAAUGCAAAACCUCUUUCUUGCGAUGCUGAGAAGGACGAUAACUCGAACCAAGAUAACUCGAACCAAGUUAUUGUUGGAGAUUGUAACAAUGUUGACAGCUUAGAGCCUCCCAAGCUCGAGUCCAAGUGUAAUUGCGUGAUUAUGUGA